CAGUUAACAAGACAACCUUGAUUCGAAAUUAAAAUGACAAAAACAAGUUAUAGAUCGGAUCACAGAAAUGCACCAAUCCAAUUGAUGUUUUAACGUCUGGUAAGCGCGCUGAAAGCCUUAAUGGAGGUAGCUUGUACCGAAAUAGACAUGGUGGAACACGAGAAUUGGACCACUCCUCUUUAUCAGGAACCGUUCGACUUGUUAGCUGACGAUAGAUGGGAAGACUACUUGAACUACGGCAUACCACUAUAUAAAGCAGCACUAAGAGGAGACUGGGAAGUCGCUACACAAAUUCACUCCAGACAUUCAGGAUGUUUUGCUGCAAGGAUCACAGAAAACGGUGACACUGCUCUACACAUCGCUGCUAUUGCAAGGCACACGGAUUUCGUGUCAAAAUUGGUGACCUUAAUCGGGCAAACUGAAUGUGAGCAUCUUUUAGCUGUGAAAAACAGAAUUGGUGAUACAGCACUUUGUUUGGCGGCUGCCUCUGGUAUUGUUGCAAUUGCAAAGGUGAUGGUUCACCAACACCCGGAGUUGCCACUAAUCCGUGGAAAUCAAGGCUUGACACCAGUCCAUAUGGCCGCUUUGUUAGGCCAUCGAGAUAUGGUUAUAUACCUCUUACCACUCACUUCUGCAUAUCUUUCAGAUGAAGAACGCAUUGCACUUUUCAUUAGUACAAUUGAUUCAGAUUUAUAUGAUAUAGCCAUUGAUAUGCUAGACGAUCAUCAAGAGUUGGCAAUUGCUCGUGAUGUAUUAACCAAAGAGACACCACUACAUGCUCUGGCUAAGAAGCGUCUAAAGUGUUGUAGAACCCGACUUGGCAAAUUCUGCAAUAAAUUUAACAUAAUCCGUGGCAACGAGGAAAUUGCUCUUCAACUAUUGGAACGCAUAUGGGGCCUAGUUUUGCAACAAAAGCACAAUAACGUAAGAAGACUGAUAGAAAAUCCAUGGGAUGUACUAUUUAAAGCAGUGGAAGUGGGAAAUGUCGAGUUCGUGACAACACUACUUUGUUUUUAUCCUGAUCUAAUAUGGAAAAGGAAUGACAAACAUCUAAGCAUAUUUCAUAUUGCGGUUAAACAUCGACAAGAGAAGAUAUUCAAGUUGAUAUAUGAUAUAGGGGCCAUUAAGGAUUUUCUGGCAACAUAUGAGGAAUUUGAGACUGGCAAUAACAUGCUUCACUUGGCUGCCAUGUUACAUUCUUCAGCUGAACAAAAUAAUUCUGCAUCUGUGGCAGGUCUUCAAAUGCAGAAAGAAAUGUUGUGGUUUAAGGCGGUUAAAGAUCUUGCUCCCCAUCUUGCGGAAGAUGUAAACCGCGAAGGGAGAACACCACGCACUCUAUUUACCAAAGAGCACAAGGAAUUGAGGAAAGAAGGAGAAAAGUGGAUGAAAAAGACGGCUAGUUCUUGCAGUGUUGUUGCAACUUUGAUUGCAGUUGUAGUUUUUGGUGCUGCAUUAAAAGUGCCUGGUACCAACAACGAAGCAUCUCCUAACCCUUUAAGCCACGGUGGUUGGAAUUGGGCGUUUGCAAUAUCUGAUUCUCUAUCCUUGAUAACAUCCACUUCUUCAAUACUCGUGUUCUUGUCAAUUUCAACUUCACGGCAUGCCGAAGAAGAUUUCCUCCGAUCUUUGCCGCUCAAGCUCAACAUAGGCCUUACAUUGCUUUUCAUCUCCAUAACGACUAUGAUGAUUUCCUUCACUGCGACCUUUCACAUCAUUUUUAAGCAUGGCUUGUUGUGGAUUGGCAUUGCUGUUUUAGCAUGUAUACCAAUCAUCAUGUUUGUGGUACAAGAAUUCCCCCUUUUACUAGAGGUUCAUCGUUUAACUAUCGGAAAUGCUUUCAUGUUUAAGCCUCGGCAUCGUUUAACUACAGGAAAUGCUUUCAUUUUCAAGCCUCGACAUCGGCUCUUCACUGAGCAUCAUCAGCUAGGGCCAGAUAAUUGUUAAAAGAUUUGGGUACGUAGUAAUUGUUGUGAUUCUUUCUUUCUUUCUAACUUAACUAGUAUUGUUCAUUGAUUCUUUACGGAGAAAGGUCUGUUGAAAUUCAAUUUUACCCACUUGCAGCGGCGGGAUUUCUCGUCGUUAAUAGUACAAUUUCUUGUAGUGUAAUCGUUGAUUAACGACGGGAUUUCAUGUCGCGAACCCGUCAUAAAAGGGGGCCGUCGUUAAUAGAAAUCCCGUCGUAAAUCCGUCGUAAACCCGUCGUAAAAGACAUUUGCGACGGUUAUUCCCGUCAUUGUUUGGUUAUUUGCCCCGUUGCAAAAGGCUUUUGCGACGGGAUUUUUAACCCAUCGUAAUUAGGUUGUCUUUAAAGAUACAAAUUCUUGUAGUGUUAUUAUUAUUAUUAUUAUUAUUA